AUGCCUGGGGUCUUGUCUUGGAAAGAUGUGUCGGUGUCUUCGGGUGCAAAAAAUCUACUUGAGAACGUGAGUGGGCACGCAGAACCUGGGACUGUCACAGCGCUUAUGGGUCCAUCUGGCUCGGGAAAAACUACCUUGCUUUCAGUUUUAUCUCAAAGAACUACUAGCUUUAAAAAUUUCGAUAUAACUGGAGAUCUUCAUUUGGGUGACGAGGUUGUCACGAGUGCCCUUCUCCGUGGGGUUUCUCGAUUUGUGGAACAGGAGGAUCAUCUUUUGGGAUGUCUUACUGUUAAAGAGCUGAUUGAGUUUUCUAUUAUGAUGCUGGACAAGAUGCCGCGAGAUGAAAGAAAGGCGCUUGUGGAAAAGACUGUCGAUUUCUUCGGUCUCACCAAACAAAAAAGUACAAUUGUGGGUACGCCUGUGCAAAAAGGUCUUUCCGGGGGCCAGAAACGGCGACUCUCGGUCGCUUGCCAGGUUGUUACCAAGCCCUCGGUUCUUUUUUUAGAUGAGCCCACUUCUGGCUUGGACUCCACUGCGUCUUUCGAGGUGAUGAACACUUUAAAGAAGUUUGCCAAGGAAGAAAACGUGAUCAUCAUUGCGUCUAUUCAUCAGCCUUCAACACUGACAUUUGACUUAUUCGAUAAUGUCAUGUUUUUGACCGAGGGCAAGAUUGCAUAUGCUGGUCCUCGCGAAAGCUUGAAUCAGUAUUUCGAGGACGCAGGAUAUCCAAUUCCUCCCCACUACAACCCAGCAGAGUAUGUUUUGGAUUUGAUCAACACUGACUUCAGCUUAGGCGAUACAUCCCAGAGAGAGGACAUGAAUGCCCUUGUCGAAUUGGCCAAGAAAAAAGCUCUUGCAGAGGAGGAUGUGUCAAAAAGCCCUUUUGAGAGUGAGAAACCACAAUCUUCCGACUCAGAGAAAGACUUCCCUGGUGGGGUUUCCAAAACCUGGGCUUUGCUUCAACGCGGAAUGAUCAAAGCGCGUCGUGAUUAUUUGGCCUAUUAUGUCAGGUUGGUGAUGUACUUUGGCUUAGCAAUCUUGAUGGGAACUGUGUGGUUGCGGUUGAGCUACAGCCAAGAAAACAUUCAGCUUUUCACCAACGCUAUAUUUUUCUCUGGUGCCUUCAUGUCUUUCAUGUCCGUGGCAUACAUCCCAGCAUACCUCGAGGACUAUUUCUCCUACAGAAAGGAGAGGUCCAACGGACUUUACGGUCCAUUCUCCUUCAUGGUGGCCAAUUUCAUUAUUGGUGUCCCCUUUCUCUUUCUAAUUGUGGUGAUGUUUUCUAUUAUCACAUACUUCAUGUGCAACUUCACUUUAUCUGCAAGGGGCUUCUUUAUGUAUGUGCUUUACUUGUUUAUCAACUUGUUGGCUGCUGAAUCCCUCACGAUCUUAAUAGCAACAAUUUUCCCGGUGUUUGUUGUUGCAUUGGCGCUCACAGCUUUUGCAAACGGUCUCUGGAUGGCGGUGGGGGGAUUUUUGGUCUCUGCCUCUGUGUUAAAUGUUUUUUGGUACUACACAUUCUACUGGAUUGACUAUCAAAGGUAUGCCUUUCAGGGAAUGAUGUUCAACCAAUUCAAAGACACGAUUUUUCGCUGCGCUUCCGGCUGUCAGUGCAUGUAUUCGUCUUCUUUAGAGGACCAAUGCUUGAUAAAGGGGGCUGCUGUUCUUGAAGCCUUAGGUUAUGGAUCUGCAGACCACGGUCUCUGGGUUGGUUUGAUGUUAGUGUUGACCUUUGUUCUCCGUCUAGCAACUUAUAUCGUUUUGAAACUCCGGAAAUAA